GCACUGGCUGUAAAUGGAAAUCGUGGUGUCGGGCUCACUAUCUCUUCAGUUGUCGUUCGAGCGUGCCGCGAAUCAAACUUCAUUUGCUUUCUUACUUGACUCGACGUAGAUUGAUCGAACGACUUUGAUUUUCAAAAAAAUUACAAAUAAUAUAAAAAACAUUGUAAAAUUUAUCCAAAGAAUAACGUGACUUUUGAAUGACGCCAUUUUUUUGCAUUUUUUUCUUUUCUUUUUUUAAUUUAUUUUAAUUUUUUUUACGCACUUUACAAUUUAAAAAAAAAAAGAUGUAAAUGAAUAAAAUCAAAAAGAUUUCUUUGAUCGAUGUCGAGGAUCAGUGCAAGAUUUAAGAGUUCGCUCGAUUACUUGAAGAAGAGAGUACUCAGAAAAUCGGUCAAGCGUGAAUCUUCCUUGUUGUACACGAAAAACUUCUUUAGUGAGACACCUCGUUCUCUGCUUUGCAUCGCAUGCGUGGUUGCGCUCAGAGUGACGGAUGACGAAAGCAGAAGAGUAUUUCAUUAUUUGAGGAAUCGCAGCAGAGAGUGGUCGCUUUUAAAUAAUGUCACAUGGGGCACCAUAGGUGCCGCUCUUGCAACAGCGACUUGCGGUGGCUACGUCAUCAUAACUGCCGGUCUUCUUAUUGCCGCGGCAACUAAUGAACUUACGGGCCGAAAAACGGAGAUCUUCUUCCUUGGUCUCGGUGUGAUCCUUUUUGGAAUCGUCGGUGCUCUUGCUUUAGCAUCAAUCGAAAGUAUUCCAGAGGAUUUGAUCGACAAUGCUGCAGUUCUCGGUGCACUCACUCUAAUCACCGCUCUUAUAUUCAUAGCAGACCUGCUGAUAUCUCCUCCUCGUAAAAAGGAUAAGCAGGAAGUGCGAAUGGACAGUGAUAAGACGGACUCAGUUAAACAACCCACCAUGAUGACGACGGAAAAGGAGAUGAAGCCGUCGAAAGAAAAGGAAAGUACGAAAUCGAAGGAAGAAUCGAAGGAAAUCAACGGUAAGAUAAAUGAAGGAUUCGAGAAGAUAGACGAUCGAAGAAGAAAGGAGAUCGAUGAAGAAGAUUCCGAUAAACCUCAACGACUCGAACAACUUGCAUACGACAAUUAUCGAUUGGAAAGAAAUCGUAAUUUCAAUAACGUUGAAAGAGAAUUACGAGAACACACGCAGAACUUUGAAAAUGGACGGGUUUUGAGAAACUCUCAACGAUACAGGGAAGCGGAAACUCUUCAAGGAAACAGUGCUGCAAACAGAUCAUUUGACGAUGAUCGUAGAUCGGAAGAUUUGAGGAUCAUUUAUAAGACUCGGGAUAUUUAUCAACGACCCAUCGACGAGGUAGAUACACCACCGUUUCCAACUAAUUUUGGCCGAGGGAAUGAGCCCAUCUUCGGCAAGAUCAUAAAUCCUAGUGUGAAGAUAAUGAAAAUCCAACAUGAUGUAAAUGAACCUCUUGAUUCUUACAGAUAUUCCGAUACUAGCCAAUAUGACAAUGUACCAGUGAAGAUGAAAGGAAUAUCAUCGAGUAUCUUGAAGAAGGAUCGUGGUGUUUCUUUGAAUGGUUCAUUGGCUUCUAAAACUCAUAACAAGAUUGAUGAGAGGAGCAAAAAUGAAAUCGAAAUGCUGGAAGAAUGUUUUAGUUCUCUCAGAUCGACUGGAACUCAAACUGGCGUUCGUACACCUUCCUCACCAACAGAUCCUGGAUAUGUUCGUCAUACUGCAAGCAAUUGGCCACACGAUCUCAAAGCAAAAACACCUGGCUCUAGUCCAGAACAUAACAGGAAUCAAUAAAACUUUUGAUUAAUUUUAAUCGUUAAAUUCAUUAACUAUUAUUAUACUCUGUAAAAAUGUUUACACACACAAACACACAGACACACACGUCUCUGUGUUAUUUUCUGUUAUCCAUAAAUGAACUUGAAGCAAUCAUAUUAGAAAAUUUGUACAAAACAUUUUUAUCAUUUAACCGUAUUAUGUUUUACAAAAGGUUUUAUCAGGUGUUUAUAAAAAUAACAUUUUACGUUCAUUCAUGAUUCACGUUAGGUAUUGGUACAAAUUUUAAUAUAAAGUUAAGGAUCUUUGUUCACAUCAUAUCUCUAUAUGCAUACAUACAAUUAUUAUUAAUAUUAUUAAUAUUAUUAUUAUAUAUAUAUAAUUAUUAUUAUUUUUUUUAAUUAUUUUUAUUAUAUCGUCUUGUGAUAAUAUGUAGUCUCUAUUUGUUAGUCUCUUGAAAACGUAAUCAUUAAGAUUAGUCUUACCGGCUUGCUGCGGAUUUACAUAUUUUAUCUCUCUCUCUCUCUCUCUCUCUCUCUCUCUCUCUCUCUCUUUCUCUUUCUGUAAUAGAACUGCUGAUACUUGAAAUUUCUUACGAUUUGUAUAAAUAAACACUCGUGCUCGUGAAAAAUAUUUCACAUAUAAAUGUUCACCACUUUUUUCAUCGUUGAGCGUAUAUAUUUAUAUAAUGAAUACAUUUAAAAAGAAAAUAGAUUGUUAAAAUUCCAAUCGAAAUUUUUUCGAUUGAUAAUCGAGAUAAAAUAAAUAUAGAGCUAUUUUUAUUAAUAGAUCGAUUUAGAUCGGAUCGUAAAUGUCUAUACCUUCAUUGGCAAUCAUUUUAUUUUCUUUAUUUAUAUUAUAGAGAGAAAAAAUGUCAUGACUUGAGAAAAGAAAGUAAAGAAUUGGAAUAUACGUACA